CUCAUCUUCGUUCACCUGAAACCAUCGUCGAGAAAGAGUUGGGAGCCCUACUGGCGCUCGCCGGAGAAGAAUCGACGGGAGCAGCGGCGUGUGAAGACGAUACGUGUCAGUUCGUCGGCGCUUCUCUGUUGUGGAAAGCGGAGACACGCAGUCGCCAUUAUUUUACUCAUAUAAAGGUGUACCAGGAUGCUAUCAGCUGGAAUUUUCUCUUUUUAUCAUCCAGGUUCUCGCUUGUUCUACAGGCACGAACCUCUUGUCUCCACUUGGCCAUCUGCUAUGAGCAAUUGCCAAUUAACUUUGAAAAUGCAGUCUUCCCUCCCUUAUUACAGGCAUGUAAAAUGUGCAACAGCAAGAAGAAAUCACUAUCAACGGUUUUCGUCUGAUGACGAGUUUAACCAGAAAUCUUUUUGGUUGAUAAUGAUUCAGGACAUCAUUCAAAGUUUAAGAUCUCUGGCUCUUUUUUUGCUUGAGCAGCCUAGUCAGUUGAAGUACAUAGAAUGGCCUUCUCUCGAAAGCACGGCAAAGACGGCAACUCUCACCCUUGUUCUUGUAGCUUUGCUCAUUGUGUCAUUGGCUUCUGUUGACUCAUUUCUCUGCUAUAUGUUGUCCCUCCUUUGCAGAAAAACUGCAUGAACACAGGAACAACAUAGUCUUAGCUGAUCCAUAGAAAAUUCUGAAGAGUAUGAAGUUCAGCAGAUUCUGAUCUAUAUAGCAGAAUCUGUCUUAAGAUUUUUUAGUUAUUCUUCAGUAGCUGUUUGAUUUAAAUUUGAGCAGUAGAUGAAGAGUAUGUGGAAGUAUCAUUUUGUAAUUUACUAUGGGUUACACUUCCAAUAAGCACUCAGUUAUGCUGUAAAUUUUUUGUUAUUAAGAUCAUUUAAUGUUUGU